CAGGAGGAUCAAUGGCAGCUGUGGCUGUGGUGAAGGAAAUACUGAGAAACAUGUCCAUUCCGGUGAAGUUGCUGGAUGUGACAACACUUUCACAGCUGAGAAAAGAUGGGCAUUCAUCCAUUUAUGGGUUUGGUGGAAAUGAAGGAAAUGAUUGUAGCCAUUGGUGUCUUGCUGGUGUUCCUGAUACUUGGAAUCAGCUCUUGUAUGGAGUUCUUGUAGCUGG